AUGAGAUUCACCUUUCGCAAUCAGCCCCUGGGCCGUAUCGCCUCUGUGAUCGCUGUCCUAGCAGUGAGCGCGAAUGCGACACUGGACGGGAAUCCAUUAGCGACCCCGGAUCAGCAGACGCUUGAUGCCCUCGCAAUCAAGAUCAGCCAGGACGACAACUUUACCGUAUUGAAGGCCGAGGCAAAAGCCGCCUACCAGACAGCCCACGGCCUUCCAAUCAGCGAUGAAGCCUCGUCAAGUAUCGAUGCAGCCAUUGACGAACUCGCUUUCAGCUCCAUUCAAAAAGCCGUCAACGGCGACACGUACUUUCCCAAAGUCUACUGGGUCGAUGCUGGUCCGCGCAAUUGGUUUGGCCUGGAUGUUCCUGGCGGACGGUACUCGUACGACAACCCGGACUGCAUCUACCGAACUAUUCCCAUCGACAGCAGCCUCAGUUAUAUCAUCACCGGUUAUCGACAUGGAUCCGGGCCAACUGAUGUGACUUUUUCGCUGAUCAGCGAUCCGAACUCCCAGAACACGGUGGCAUACCUGUCGGGCAGUGACUUGGUCGUUGACAGCGAUGGCUCGUAUACCAUUACUGUCAAUAGCAGCUCGGGGGACAACCAAACAAAUCACAUCCAGUCGACGCUGCUAGCAAAACAACUACUCAUUCGCAACAAUCUCGGAAACUGGGCAACAGAGAAACCCGACAAUCUGACCGUGGAUCUUGUGGACGACAACUCGAGUCAAUCUGCUCUGACUGAGGCGGAGAUUAUUCUCGCAGCAAGCUGGAACCUGCAAGAAUCCAUCGUGGACUACGGGGUCGGCGCAUUGGGGAUCAAGACGUCUAUCAAUAAAGUGAACACACUUUCAGCUCCGAGUCAAUCGAGUACCCUAGGCACAUUGACGACGCAAGCGAGCUCCUUUGGACAUUUCGACCUAUCCGACGAUGAGGCUCUCGUUGCGACCGUCACACAGGGUGAUGCAGAUUACUUCGUUUUUCCUUUGACGAAUCCAUGGAUAAUUACGACGGACCCGGCUAGUCAAGUCAGUUUGAAUAAUAAACAAGCCGUCGCCAACGAGAACGGGACUUAUACUUUCGUGAUUUCUGUGGAGGAUCCUGGCGUUUAUAACUGGUUGAAUACGACUGGUCUUCACGAGGGAACGAUUAUGGUCCGCUGGCAGGGUUUGCCGACUACUUCUUCUUCGUCUACAUCAUCCACUACCUCUCCUGCUGUUGAUAUUCAGGUUGUUCCUCUCUCUGAACUCGCGUCUGUUCUUCCGAGCGAGACUCGCUAUGUGACUGUGGAAGAGCGUGAAUCGCUUCUGGCUCAGCGUCUUGCGGCAUAUGCCCAAAGGACAGAAUUCUAG